CAACCUUCCUAAGUACCCACCUCAGUACUCAAAAUGGCCUAUAAAUUAGCAAGCUUUACUCUUCAAUUUUGUAUCAACACAAUUAAAUUAUUGAAACUACUCUCUUAAGUUGAGCAAUAUGGCCAUCUCUAAGUUCCUAUUUAUCUCCUUUCUUCUUUCAGCUAUUGUUCUUCAAUUUGUCCAAGCUCUACCAACGCCUUCUCGUGGCGCAGCUUAUAGUCCAGCACCAGCCGCAAAAUUAGAUUGUGGAGCAGCGUGCUUAGUAAGGUGCAGCGAGACAAAGAGGCCAAAUCUAUGCCAAAGGGCAUGUGGAACUUGCUGCAAAAAAUGCAACUGUGUGCCACCAGGCACUUAUGGCAACUACGAUAGCUGCCCUUGUUACGCUGCUUUGACAACCCGUGGUGGCAGACCUAAGUGCCCUUAAAUCAACAAAUUAUCCUGAAAAAUAUGGUUAUUUUAAUAUUUUGUCUUGCUAAACAGCAAUUAUGAAAUAUAAUCAAAAUGUACUACUGUACUAAAAAUUUCUUUUUUUUUCCGUUGAUAUAUGAAUUGUAAUAUUCGUUGUAAUAAUGAAAAAUGUAUUGGUUUUUCCGGCCAUCUAAAAAAAAUUGUACUCUAUUUGUUUAUUUAGCUAUUCAAAUCAUAAUUUUCUA